GAUUCUAAUCAGCUGACAAAAGAACUUCCGCGCAUGGGAGAUAUUUUGGCGCCUUGAGAAAUUUCUCAUGAAGUGAGGUUAUGUGUCUUUCGUUUGCAAAAUUUUCCACACAAAUUUUCCGUAAAAGUAUUGAUUUGCAGUGCAAAAUGCCACCGAUAAGUGCAGUAUUGAUUGAUUUGAGUGGUACACUUCAUGUGGAAGAUGAUCCAACGGAAAAAGCUGUGGAAGCUCUCAAGAAGCUCCGCACACUUCCUGUGAAAAUUCGCUUCGUGACAAAUACCACAAAGGAAUCUGGACAGACACUACAUCGAAGACUCGUAAGGAUUGGCUUUGAAGUGGAUUCAGGGGAGAUUUAUAGUUCUCUCAGUGCAGCUGCUGAGUAUGUGCGGAAGCAUCAGCUGAACCCACUGUAUUUACUCUCUCAGGACGCUCUGAAGGAUUUCCCGGAGGGGGAUAAAGAGAAAUUAGAUUCAGUUGUUGUGGGACUGGCUCCUGAAGAAUUUCACUAUGAACAACUCAAUAGAGCCUUCAACCUUCUACGUCCGGGUAAUGGAAAGCCCCUCAUUGCUAUCCACGAGGGUCGUUACUACAAGAGAUCCGACGGUCUAGCCCUUGGUCCGGGAUGCUUUGUCAAAGGACUCGAAUAUGCUGCUUCAACGAAGGCUGUUGUCGUGGGAAAGCCCAAUAAGUACUUCUUUGAAUCCGCAAUUCCAGGGAAUAUUCCACCAGAGCAAUGUGUAAUGAUUGGGGAUGAUGCUGUUGAUGAUAUUCAGGGUGCCAUGAAACUCGGCAUGAAGGGAAUUCUCGUGAAAACGGGAAAAUAUCUCCCAGAUACCGAAUGCAGUCCUCCCCCCACAGCUGUUCUGGACAAUUUUGCAGCUGCCGUGGAUUGGAUUGAGGAAAACUUGAUGAAGAAGUAAAAUGAAGGACUUUCUCUAAAGCUCCUCCGGAUACGCACAAAAAAACCCAUCCAUACGAAUUUACCCCCUAAAGAAGAAAAUUGAAGGCAACGUUUAUUGACCUAAAAUGUGAUUUAAUUGUAUUAUUAUGUGGGAGUGUUUUAGCACACAGUACCCAAUAGAAUUAUUUAAACAUCCGAAUUUUCCUUAAAAAUGCUCAGAAAGCUCAGAAAUAAUAGUGCAAGAUUUACAGAGAAAAAAAGCAAAAGAAUUAAAAAUUAUAACUGAAGAAUGGUUUAUAUCAACUUAACUUAAAGAAAAAAGAUCAAUAGCCUAAUUUUAUUGUAUAUAAGAGAACUUUUAACAUUUCCCUCAGACUAAUAAUCAGAGAAAUUUAAUAAAAAUGUUGAAAGUUACGCAAAACCUUCACAACGUCUUACUUAUCAAUGGAACAUGAAGAAUCUCAAAAAUUCGGAUGUUUAGAGAAUUUCGAGGGACACUGUUAUUAUCCGUGUCAUCACACUGAUAACGUCACUUUGUACUGCUUGUAUUUUAUUGAGAAAAUCAACUAGCGAAGAGCGAGCAUUAUGAUAGUGGUAGAAAAAGACCUCACAAGCGACUCAUGGGAAUUUCUAAGGUGGGGCGAGAAUUUUUAUUUUAUUUUCCCCAUUUCUUGUGUCUUUCUGUAUUGGCUCUGUGAGAAUAAAGAAUAUACCAGUAGAAAUAAAA